AAAUAUUCAAACGUGUCGUCACUGAGUUGUACUGUCACUCGUUUAAGUCCGAAGAGAGAAAAACGGAAAGCUCGGAAAUGGUGCUAGCUGGAAUGGCACGGAGGGCACUUGGAGGCCAUGGAAAGCUUGUCUCUUCACUUUUGCCACGCGUGAACGCCGCUUCUUCUCUCAUCCUCUCUCGCCAGAUUAGCAUGGAUACACAGAGUAUUGUUGCAAAGCUCAGUAGCUCUGGUUUAUUCCAGACCAAAGGCCUAAUUGGAGGGAAGUGGACUGACGCCUAUGAUGGGAAGACAAUCAAGGUUUGCAAUCCAGCAACUGGAGAAUUGAUUGCAGAUGUCGCAUGCAUGGGUGGAAAGGAGACAAAUGAUGCGAUUUCUUCCGCCUAUGAUGCAUUUAAGUCAUGGAGCAAAGUCACUGCUGCUGAGAGGAGCAAAUGCCUUCGAAAAUGGUAUGAUCUUCUUAUGGCCCACAAAGAAGAGAUUGGGCAACUUAUAACCUUAGAGCAAGGAAAGCCCCUGAAAGAAGCAGUGGGCGAGGUUGGUUAUGGGUCAAGUUUUAUCGAGUUCUAUGCAGAGGAAGCAAAACGCAUAUAUGGUGACAUAAUUCCAGCAACUCUAGCUGAUCGGCGGUUAUUGGUUUUAAAGCAGCCUGUUGGUGUUGUUGGAGCAAUUGCGCCCUGGAACUUUCCAUUGGCUAUGAUUACAAGAAAGGUUGGUCCUGCCCUUGCAUGUGGGUGCACAGUGGUCAUAAAACCUUCUGAACUUACACCCCUCACAGCUUUAGCGGCAGCUGAACUUUCCCUUCAAGCUGGAAUACCUCCGGGUGCAGUGAAUGUGGUUAUGGGAAAUGCUCCAGAUAUUGGUGAUGCUUUACUCGCAAGUUCACAGGUGAGAAAGAUCACAUUCACGGGCUCAACAGCUGUUGGAAAGAAGUUGAUGGCAGGUUCUGCUGAGACUGUCAAAAAGGUUUCUCUUGAACUUGGUGGCAAUGCACCUUGCAUAGUCUUCGAUGACGCAGACAUAGAUGUUGCAGUAAAAGGAACGCUUGCAGCAAAGUUCCGUAACAGUGGACAAACAUGUGUCUGUGCAAAUAGAAUACUUGUUCAAGAAGGUAUCUAUGAGAAAUUUGCUAGUGCUUUUUCAAAAGCCGUACAGGAUCUGCAAGUUGGGAACGGCUUAAGCGAAGGGGUGGCUCAGGGUCCACUAAUAAACGAAGCCGCUGUGCAAAAGGUUGAAUCCUUUGUUCAAGACGCCAUCUCAAAGGGAGCAAAAAUCCUUCUGGGUGGUAAAAGACAUAGCCUUGGGAUGACCUUUUAUGAGCCUACAAUAAUCAGCGAUGUUGAGAGUGAUAUGCUUUUAUCAAGAAAUGAAGUUUUUGGACCUGUGGCGCCUCUAUUGCGGUUCAAAACUGAGGAGGAAGCUAUCCGCCUUGCCAAUGACACUAAUGCGGGGCUGGCUGCUUACUUCUUCACAAACAAUGUUCAACGUACAUGGCGUGUCUCUGAAGCACUCGAAUAUGGACUCGUUGGUGUCAAUGAAGGCCUAAUUUCAACAGAGGUGGCUCCAUUUGGAGGUUUCAAACAAUCUGGUUUAGGACGAGAAGGCUCAAAAUAUGGGAUGGAUGAGUAUCUGGAAAUAAAGUACGUCUGCUUGGGAGAUAUGAACAGAAAAUGAGGUGCAACGUCUGUGACUUGACGACGAGUUAGAAAGCUGCAACUCCUUAAACAUGAUUUCUUUCCCAAGUAAUAAACUGUGCGUUCUAUCAGUUCACAAGUAAUAAAAUCAAUAUAGCUGAGAAUGGUCGACGCUAGUAACAUGAAAGGAAAAGUAUGUAUAUUCUCAACCACAUCUUGGAAUUUACCAUGCAUGUAUGUUGUGUAAUAUAACACACAACUGCUUUCAUCACUUGAUUUUGGUUUUCUUUUGGUGUGAUCUGGGAUUCAUUCUGGGUC